GCUAUAUAUAGAGCCACAACACAAACUGAUUAGUGAAAGCAGCUUAAAGUGUAAUUUGGAGGAUAUCAAUCAACUACUAUCUGCCAAAAAACGUUUAUUAGAACAACCACGUAUUGAAAAAUGGUACCUUUAAACAAAAUUAAAAGCAAUAGAGUGUUUGUUAUUCCCACUUGUUGGGAAUGAGGGCGUGCAAAUGAUCAAAUAAUUAUUAAAAAUAAGUAUAUUCUUGUUUUAUCAGCUAUGGAAAUGUUGUUUCUUAUAGUAUCUUAUUCAAAUAUAUUUCUUAAAAUUUACUCCAGUUUUAGAAUUACAUGAUAAUAUUUCUCCUCUAUUAAAAUUUAGCUGUUUAAGACAUUUUUAUGAUAUUUUUAAUUUUUGUCAUUUAAUUUCCACAUAUUAUUGAAAAAAUUGUAUACAAUGUCAUAAAUUCUAAUUAUAUUUUAAGUAUAUAGAUAUCAAGUAUUCGUGCAUAAUGUACAUAGUAACACAUUCAAAAUGAAGGGGGCUAAAACCACUUAUCCUACUGGAUAUGUGCUUGAAUACUAAUGACUAAUGAGUACAUCACUAGCUGAAGCUGAAUGGAAUGAUGAUUUGAAAUUAGCAAAAUUAACAAAAGUUACAAAAAAUCUUACCAAGAAUUUUUCACAUUCUUUGAAUAAGUCAUUGUAUUUAUACCCAGAAGAAUGCUUGUGUUUGCUAGAAAUGAAAUGUUUGGUACUAAAAUGGAAUGAAAGAAAACUGUCAAUUAAAAAUGCAUUUUCCUUAUUAUUGGCUGAAGGAACUGGUUGUACAUUUGAACAAUGUAGAACCUAUGGUUAUUUAGUUAAAUUGGGAUUUCGAGUAUUUAAACAUAACAACAAGCUAAUAAACAAAACAAAUGAUUCUAAAGAUAUACUCAAACUUCCAGAUGUGUCAACCAACAGAAAAAAACGUAAUGGAAAUUACAGGUCUAUGCAGUCUGAAAAUAUUCCUAAAUUUUUCAAAAAAAUUCCUUCUCCUGAACGCAAAACUAAUUUUGAGUUAGUAUAUACUCCACCAUCGCACUAUUUGCCACAAAACUUACAACCUAUUUAUGAUGUUUACUCAUAUGAGCUGGCUGUGAUUUCUGGCAGUAUUACAAUUAUUGAUUAUAAGUAUUUUGAAGAACUAAAUAGUUUAAAAAAUGUGGAAAAAGAAAGCAUAGUGUAUGGAUCAAAACCUAUUGGAAUGUACCCUGUGUAUGAAAAAAAUAUUCCUAAAACUAUAAAAUCAAAUGAUGAAAAUAUUUAUGAGCCUAGUGUUAAGAAAUUAAAACUUACAGAAACUAAAAAUGUUCACUCACUUAAUACUUUGAAUAUGGCAGCUACUUCAAAUAAUGAUAAUGACUUAAGUACAUUGAGUACUACAGCAAAUGUAACCACCAUUCAAGAAUGUGAAGAUUCAAAAAAUAAUAAAAUUGUGGAAAUUAAUUUGCCAGUCAGCUUGAAUAGUGGAAGUAAUUUAAGUGCAUCAAACAAUAAAAUUAGUUCUAAUGAUAAAUUGCUUGAUGAAAACAAUAAAGAAAAAAAUGAAUCUGACAGCAAGCUACCAAAAUUUACACUGUCCAAUACUAUUCCUGAAAAAGAAAUGCUUAAUAUGCAUUUAAAUGUGCCAACUCACAUUAGGCAGAAACUUUUGGCAAUAAAACCAUUAACUUUUCACGAAGAAUCUAUAACAAAUAUUAAUAAUAAGCACUGUGUGCACUAUGAUGUUUACUAUCCAGAUAAUGAUGUUCCAAAAACAUCGAGACCUGCACCAGACUUCAGAGUUAUUGUUUUUGAAGAUGAUUUAAAACAUUUUCCAAAUAUAUACAACAUCAAUAGAUCAAAUCCUCAUGACAAUAUACCUACAUUAUGGGCCAUUGUAAAUUCAAGUUCAGUUUCAUUUUUCAGUGUGGAUGGUAUAAUCCUACCAAAAACUACAGACUGGGAUAAAAAAGUCAAUUGAUUUGAAUUAAAUUGUUCCAUAAAUUGUUUUAUUGUGUCACUGACAUUUGUUAAUCAUGAAUAAUACUAUUUUGUACUCGUCAACUGUGUGAUUGCAUCAUUUUUUGUAUAAAUGAGUUGGUAAUUUUACAGUUAUAUGUUGUGUUAUGAUAUUUUAUGUAUUAUUAAUUAUUUAUUUUCUUAUACUCGUGUUUAACACUAAA